UUCAAAGUGCAAGCAUUCCCCCCAAAAUAUUUUUUAUUUAAGCACGGAAUUAAUUGAGGAAAAAAUCAAAAAUAAAUUCAAAAUCCAAACAACUAAAAAAGCCCCCAAAAAUGAUAUUUACUCAACGCAACUUUACUCGAUUAAUGUUUAUGAUGAUGGCAAAAGUGUGGGGAGUAAAUGGAGGUGGAGGUGCAACUGCCCCGAUUUCCGCGUUCUCUUCAGCCUUUGUGCCACCGAUGCAUAAUAAUAUGCCUCUGAAAAAACCGCCAACGAAUCUCCACGUUCAAGCGCUUAAUUCAGGGAAAUCUUUUCCGGCUGCUCAAUCAAAACAUUCGUUUGAUAAUCCUAAAUUUGCAAUGAAGCAUAAGAAUGCUCUUGUAUCGAAUUUAGGGGAAACGAUUGGAGAAGAAAAAAAUAAAGAAGUUGUUGCCAAUCAAGAAAAUGAUAUUCGUCUACUUAAUGGCGCCGAAACGUUGCCGAUAGCAUCGCGUCGCCUUCUGUUAGAACCGAACCGAUUAAAGGCUUUUGAGUUAAGCAAAGAACCGUUGAAGACUUUUGAUCAUGCAAACGCAGAAAUGAUCAUUAGACAUGCUGUUCCGGAAGAUGCCACCCAAAUGCGUCAAUUGGCAAUUUCUUUAAUAAAUUCUGAAAAUGUUAAACCAGAAAUUGAAGUUGGGCAAAUUGAAAAAGAUUUACAAGAAGGUUUUGUGCAUGCUUUAGUUAUUGAAAUUAAGGAAGAAAAAAAGAUAAUUGGUUAUCUUUCAUAUACAAUUUCUUCCUCAUUAAAUGGAGGGAAGGUUGUCUAUUUGGGUGAUUUAAUUUGUGAAAUUAAAUAUAAAGAACUUCCAGUAAGAUUGUAUGCAGAACUUGCUAAGGUUUAUAAUAAUAGGGUUGUUGUUGACCGGGUUUAA